UCAGACAGGAGACUGACUUCAUGCUCACAUGUAGAGUAGUGGUUGUUAGAUGUUAUUAUACAAUCUCUGUUGGUAAUGCUUCUGAUUAGAUGUUUUUAUUUUUUGAUGCUGUCACUACUUGAGAAUUUUCUGCAUGAUUUGGAGAGCUGUCCUGCUUUGGAUGGAGAACCAAACAACUCCUCUCAAACAGCCGAUUGUUUUUGAGCUUGAGGGUAUAAAUGUACAGCCAGGCACUGGAACCUUCUUGUUUCUGCUGGCUUUGCUUGCCUACAUAGUGGUGCUGCUGGGGAACGGUGUGGUGAUCUGUGUUAUUAUGACAGACAGGAACCUACACAGACCCAUGUUUGUCAUGAUCUGUCACCUGGUGGUCUGUGAUCUGCUGGGAGCCACAAUGGUGCUUCCUCGUCUCAUGAUGGACUUGUUGAUGGGGAUAAAGAAGAUUGCCUACAUCUCAGCCAUUGCUCAGGCCUUCUGUGCUCACACAUACGGUGCAGCAAUGCUGACUAUUUUAAGUGUGAUGGCCUAUGACAGGUAUAUUGCAGUGUGUGAGCCUCUGAGGUAUCUCUCCAUCAUGACAUCAGCUCGACUGCACUGCUGCUGCACUCUGGCCUGGAUUGUUGCCCUGUUGCUUAUUUCUGUGCUCUUCUCCUUCCACAUGAACGUCCCGCUGUGUGGCAGAACGAUCAAUCAACUAUAUUGUAGCAACCGGGAUAUCUUAAACCUGGCCUGCAUUCCCACUCCCAUCAGUGACAUCUAUGGUUUAGCCAUGACCUGGUCUUUAAGUACAGUGACCUUUAUUCUCAUCGCUUUUUCCUACAUCAGAAUCCUAAGUGUUGCCAUAAAACAAGGAAGAACAGACACCAGCCUCCGUAUCAAAGCCUUUCAGACCUGUGCUCCACACAUUGUUGUAUACGUGCUCUUUCAAAUCGCUUCAUUGAUUGUGAUUGUGAGUUACCGUUUCCCCUCCCUUUCCCAAGAUAUAAAGAAGUUCUUCAGCAUCCUCAUCUUCAUCAUUCCCCCAAUCAUGAACCCCAUUGUUUACGGACUGGUCAGUAAAGACUUAAGGGUCAGCUUCAUCAAACAUUUCUCUAAUCGAUUGACAAAAAUACCUAUUCGUGCUGUAGCUGGUGUUAUUAGAUAGUUUAAGUCCUGUGGUGGAACUGAAGCUUAUCAUAGAUGCUAAAGCGAGUUUAUAAAGACACAGUUCAAUUGGCGUCUGUGAAACUAGAAUUCACAGACACUGGGUUGCAGCUAUUUCAGAACGGGGCAGCUAAACCCAGGGCUGUUAAAGAGUUGAGAAAAAAACUAUGGUCAUCACUGUCUUUUUGUAGUUUGUGUCGUUUGUGUGUACUUCAAAGUCAAAUGCCACAUUUGACUUCACCAUAGAUUCUUGCAUAGCUUCCUUGUACCUUGUCCUUAGAUUUAUGAAUCCCUGCCCCUUUUAAUCAUCAAAGGGUGAACCUCAGGUCCAGAACUCAGAAUUAUAUGAAUAAUGAUAGCAUUUGUUGUUUAAAUGCACACUCAGAACAUCGUCUUCAGCCAAAGAACAAAGAACUCAAAGAUACUGAAACAGAUUAAAAGCAUGAACAUUUUCCAUUCAUUCAAAUUUCUAACUAAGUUGAAAUUAUCAAAUUAUUUUUUUAAUGAUGUUCAGUUUUCUUUAAGACCAAUCAUUACCUUGAUCACAACGGAGACCCACAGCUUUGAACCUGCUUUUCCAUUCAGACUGAAGCAGUAAAUAUACCGGAUGCGUCACUGUUCAUAAGCGCAGUAAAGCAGCAUAUGCUGGUAUGUUUGAAAACUGAAAUUUACACCAGAUGCUGAAGAAAACGCUCCACAGCAUUGGGGCCCUGAGCAAAGAUUAACUUUUGUGACAUUAGAUAAAUUAGACAGUACUAUGUGUGAAGUACCAACUAUCAACAUCUGCUUUGGGUAUUAUCUUGUAGAAAAAGCACCAAAGACCCUGACCUAAAGUAAACAGUGAAACUGGAUGUUUUGUUUCUGUUUCUUCCUAGCCCAAACCGGAGGCUACUUACGUCUGAAAUUAGAAACUCACCCUGAAUUACGAACAGCGCUGCUUAUCUACACACGUAAUAUGGAAACGACCAUAUUAUAUGUCUGGUGUAUAUAAUUUAACUGUUUAAAAUGGAAAACUGCCAGGGAAGUAGCCUAUGCAAAUCGCAUUCGCUAUCCAAUUUGCUGUCUUAUGUGCAGAAACAUAGGCGGUGUGUAAACCACCUUAAGACUUAGCUGCUGCUCUAAUUUAGAACGUUUCUCACUUCUGUUUGACCCAAUUAAAUAAUGUAUAUUUGUAUCAGGGAUUUUUUUUUUUGUUAAAUCAUUACAAUGUAGUCCUAGAUUUGUAAUACAGGAUAAAAUGCAGCUAUGUUACAUUAAAUUUAGCCCUCUCACUAUUUGGUCUUCUUUGUCUAUUUGUUCUUACAAACACUUUUAGGCCACCUUGUUUUCCUAUGCCUUUAGUGCCUUAUUGGGUUUUUGUAAAGGAAAAGCUCCAUGAAGUAAAACUCCAUAGAAAGUUUUUGCACCACUUAGGAUGCCUCCCAGGGAAAUUGUAUCCUAGCAUAAAAUUAUAUCCCAGCUAAUUAUUCAAUCUUACAUUAAUGCUACAAUGCCAACAUUAGUCACUAGGGGCUCUAGACAUUUGAAUUGCAGGUUUAGUCCCAAAGGUCACUGGCAGCCCUUAAAGUGCUUUUAGUAUAGUGCUACUUUAGUAGUAGUAGUGUGGCCUUAUCAACUCAGUUAACCUUAUUUUUUCUCUACAGCGGGGACAAGCUUGUGUGAAAGGCACAGUGUUGUGUAGUUUCUCAUUAAUAUUCUCGUGAAGCCUGCCUUUGUGCAGUUGUACUUUGGGUUGGUUGUUUGGAGAUGUUGUUUUCAUGCUACUCCUCAUUUGCCCCAUUCUGCUAAUUUGGUGAAAACUUCCCCUGCUGCUUACCAAUUAACAUUAAAAUCAUAUGAAAUGCUUCCUAUUAAUACCUGCCUCUCUUAGUCCGUCUCUGCCAGAUUGUCUAAUUGCCUUGCUCAGCUUAAUUCCCAGUACUUAUGUGCAACUCCUGCUUUCCUUCCUUUCUGUGCCUGCCCUGCCCUCAUUGGAUUCUAACCAGCUUCUGACUCUGGUCAGAACUUAAACUGCCUAUUAUCGGCCUUCACCCACCAUUGCUGCCUUCCAUCACCCUGUUCAGCCCACCACUAGGUUGUUAACCUGUCACCAGCCUGUUAAAGCAUCUUCCACAUUUUCAUCCUGCCACCAACCUGUCCUGCUUACAUCUCUAAUUCAGUCAAUGACU